AUUCUUGUGUUAUGAGAAAUCCAGGGCAACGUGAGAGUUUCACAUUCCAUAACAUGGAUGUACACAGCCUUUCCUGGAAGAUCGUUAGCUCUGUGAUGGUGCAGGCGUGCCCAACUUGCUUGUGGCUGUAUUCCCAGGACCUAGAAGAACUCCUGGACCAUGUGAAGCAUCAAUAAAUGUAUUGGGAAUGAUUGAAAAAAAAACAAAAAACAAACCCAGUAGGUACUUGCGGUAAUCUGUGAGGUGCGUGGCCAUCUUUAUUUUCCCUCAAGAGGUGAAACGUCAAAACGUUAUAAGUAACUUACCAAAGGUCACACAACCAAGACAUGGAACCAGAAUGGAAGCACCUUCUGACUCCAAGGCACCUGCUCUUCCUUGGGUUAGCGUGGUACACCCAGGGUGCCGUAGAAAUAGCAAGCGUCCUGCAGUCUGACGGACUGAGAUUCGAAUUACCGCCCAACUACUCAUUAGUUGUAUGUCAUUGGGAGGUUCUAAAAUCUAUCCCCUGAUGUUUUCCUUAAACCACUAUGAUAUUUUCUCCCCUUCGAGUAGGUCUUACAUUUUAUUUAGUUUCCCAUAAGUGCUAUUUUGGGGGCACGGUGUAAUUAUUCCGCCGUAAGGACUCCCUCUUUGGGGGCCUCUAUGGUUAGGCUGAAUUCAUGCUGUGUCAGUGAGCCAGCCUUUCCCAAACCAUUUCUUGAGGCGUCCAAAAUGGAUUUAGCAGAGGGUUAUAUUCCUUCUUUGAAAUCUGCUACUUUGAGAUCCAAAUUUCAUUUUGACCUUCCAAUUCAGUAAUUAUAGCCUAAGAUAUUUUAUGUUUAAAACCUAAAUGAGUGUUUGCUUAGAAUUGUAAGAACAAAUUUGGAGGCCAGAUUAAGGCACUUAAAGGUUUAGCCUGCCCUGGGAAAAAAAAAAAAAUGCAUUCUUUGUCUUGCAUCAACAUGUUAAUAAAGUCUAACGUUCCUGCAUAAACAGAACUUGCUUCAGCGGGAAUUAUGAGAACAUAAAGGGUGCACGAUCAUAAAUGGACUCUAGUAGUGUAAGCCAUUUACGUGGCAUGGAACAGAGAGUUUUACUUAAGAUUAAUGAGAACCCAAUAAGUAGAAAACACUAAUAUUCGUUCCUGUGGGGGAGUCGAGAUGAGUCCUAACUUGAUGCAGUGGAAACGUGUGUACCGUGAACAGAAAAAAUGUGUGCAAUAUUUGCAGUUAUAUCUUCAUAACAUUUUAUAACCCGAAUUCGUCUUCAAUAAAAAUAUACUUCCUAUCUCAUUUUAUGAUCUUUCUGGAGUCAUUUAAAGGCAGUCGUUUUAGCAGUAAGUUAUGACUAGAGAAAGAGCAUUUUAAUCCGUUUGUAUAUUGCAUUUAAACUCUCCGGGCGUACGAUUAUUAAAAAUUAGAUUUGAACGUGGAAAGCUGCCAUUUUAAUGUUCUUCUGUCCCUUCAAGUUGGUUCUAUUUUUGGAAAUUCUCUGGAAGUUCAAAUCUAGACGAUCUGGGACCGGGGGCCUGCCACAGGCUGGUCAUGAGACUCGAGAGCGAUCGCUUGAUCUCUGCGCUCCUGUGGAGAUGAGAAGAAACACCGUGUGGAGCAUCUUCGCCCCGCCGAAAAUGCUGUUCAGAGAUUAGUCCCCCGGCCUGACAGUGCGACUUUUGCGCUUCACCGCUCUCCACAGAAGCUCACAAUCUUCAAGAGUUGAUCUGAGCCAACGUGGAUCGGAGUGAGGCGGCGCCAGGAGCGCCCCCAGCAGAAGCUCUCCGCAGUUGGUUUGUGCCGGUGCUGGCUUAGGUGCUGUGUAAACAUCCUCCCCCCUUUCCCGAGCAGAGGCCUAAGACGCAGCGCCGAGCUGUUUUUACUAAGACGGACGCUCCACGAAGAGGGGACACCCAGUGGAUGAAAUACAGAUGAUUCAUCUGAAGAGAGGUUUUCUUUAGCAGGCAGUCUCCACCUCCAACACCCGGCCGGGCGCUGCGGAGUCUCGAGUCUCUACUGAGUCACAGGAAGACUCGCCGCCGAAUUGGUUAGACUUACACGGAAUUAUUACUGGACUUGGCGGUGGAUAAACAUAAGGGGGGAAGAGCCAGUUAUUAGACAAUUGCUCUGUCACACGCUUGCAUUUAAAAGCUACAGUUCGAGCCCAGAGUCGGGCCUUCCAGGAGUUCUCUUAAAGGUGGAUUGUCUUAUCCUCUUAAGUCCAGGAAGCUGUUGAAAAUGUUUUUCCGUGCAAUUAUGCAAAUUCACAUGCCUUAGAUUUCCUUCCUGAAACCAUCAAAUAACACGUCACUCUGUGGGCUCGGGAGGGUUAUUACGGCGAAUAAAUAGAUGUCAUUACGUGUCGUUUCGCCCAUCAGAAAAUACAGUAGCAAUUACUGCCUUGUCAAGGGAGUACACUCCAAAUGAUCCAAAUGCAUUAUCUACUGAGGGCCCCGGGAAAGUUGAAUAACGAGGAGCUCCCCCGCUCACGUAAGGCAUUUGAGCCUUAUUUGCUGGACGUGUAGUCACGCUCUCGUCCUAGCACAUCUCCCGUUUGCGUCCUUGAAAACCAUUUCAAGACGAGUUCACCUGGGUGUAAAAACCUAGAAGGCAAGUGAUACCAUCCCGUCCUGUGGUUUUGCCCCUGCCAGUGCCUUCGGACUCUAUGAGGUCGGUCCCAGGUCCCGAUAUAAAAUACGAGCUGUUGACUCACAGUUCUCCCAGAAGGGCCAAUUUCACAGACCGCCAGGAUCAAGAUGAUUUUAAUUAAAUCGCACAAAUCCCUUUGUGCUGCAAGCAGAGCCCGGGCAGGCUGGCGGACUCUGAGCCGUUCUGGCAUGCAUAGAGUUAACCAGGUUACCGGGAUUCCUAGUUAACUUCUUUCACCAGGAAUGCAAUUCAUGUUUACCUAUAUAAGGAAACCUGUUAGGCUGACCUGAGUUUGGCAGAUUUUUGCGCUGACGGGGAGGCGUGUAAGCACACAGCCUGGAAAGGGGAGUGAUUCGGAGCUGGACAGAGCAAGCUUCCUGAACGCCCCGGCCAUUCAGCUGUUCCGAGGCAGCCUGCUCGGAGGACCCACAGGUUUGUCUCUUCCAGAUCACAGCUGAGGAACAGAAACCCCCGUCCUGGGAAAGAUGGGGAAGCCGAUAACUGAUCAGCUUCCUUGGAUUUUGCUGAUGACCCAGGAGAGCUUUGCCUGAAGAUGGAAACACUGGAGUCGGAGCUGACCUGCCCUAUUUGUCUGGAGCUCUUUGAGGACCCUCUCCUGCUGCCCUGCGCACACAGCCUCUGCUUCAACUGUGCCCACCGCAUCCUGGUGUCGCACUGUGCCACCAACGAGUCCGUGGAGUCCAUCACCGCCUUCCAGUGCCCCACCUGCCGACAUGUCAUCACGCUCAGCCAGCGCGGUCUAGACGGACUCAAGCGCAACGUCACCCUGCAGAACAUCAUCGACAGGUUCCAGAAAGCGUCCGUGAGCGGGCCCAAUUCCCCCAGCGAGACCCGCCGGGAGCGGGCGUUCGACGCCAACACCAUGACCUCCGCCGAGAAAGUCCUCUGCCAGUUCUGUGACCAGGACCCUGCCCAGGACGCUGUGAAGACCUGUGUCACUUGCGAAGUGUCCUACUGUGAUGAGUGCCUGAAAGCCACUCACCCAAACAAGAAGCCCUUUACAGGGCAUCGUCUGAUUGAGCCAAUUCCGGACUCGCACAUCCGGGGGCUGAUGUGCCUGGAGCACGAGGAUGAGAAGGUGAAUAUGUACUGUGUGACCGAUGACCAGUUAAUCUGUGCCUUGUGUAAACUGGUUGGGCGGCACCGAGAUCAUCAGGUGGCAGCUUUGAGUGAACGCUAUGACAAGUUGAAGCAAAACUUAGAGAGUAACCUCACCAACCUUAUUAAGAGGAACACGGAACUGGAGACCCUCUUGGCUAAACUCAUCCAAACCUGCCAGCACGUGGAGGUCAAUGCGUCACGUCAAGAAGCCAAAUUGAUGGAGGAGUGUGAUCUUCUCAUUGAGAUCAUUCAACAAAGACGGCAAAUUAUUGGAACCAAGAUCAAAGAAGGGAAGGUGAUGAGGCUCCGCAAACUGGCUCAGCAGAUUGCAAACUGCAAGCAGUGCAUUGAGCGGUCGGCAUCACUUAUCUCCCAAGCGGAACACUCUCUGAAGGAGAACGAUCAUGCGCGCUUCCUACAGACGGCGAAGAAUAUCACUGAGAGAGUCUCCAUGGCAACUGCAUCAUCCCAGGUCCUAAUUCCUGAAAUCAACCUCAAUGAUACCUUUGACACCUUUGCCUUAGAUUUUUCCCGAGAGAAGAAGUUGCUAGAAUGUCUGGAUUACCUUACAGCUCCCAACCCUCCCACAAUUAGAGAAGAGCUCUGCACAGCUUCCUAUGACACCAUCACCGUUCACUGGACAUCCGAUGAUGAAUUCAGUGUGGUCUCCUAUGAGCUCCAAUACACCAUAUUCACCGGACAAGCCAAUGUCGUUAGUCUGUGUAACUCUGCCGACAGCUGGAUGAUCGUGCCCAACAUCAAGCAGAACCACUACACCGUUCACGGUCUGCAGAGCGGCACCAAGUACAUCUUCAUCGUCAAGGCCAUCAACCAGGCGGGCAGCCGCAGCAGCGAGCCUGGGAAAUUGAAGACAAACAGCCAACCAUUUAAACUGGACCCCAAAUCUGCACAUCGGAAGCUGAAGGUGUCCCACGAUAACUUGACAGUAGAACGUGAUGAGUCAUCAUCCAAAAAGAGUCACACGCCUGAACGCUUCACCAGCCAAGGGAGCUAUGGUGUCGCUGGAAACGUGUUCAUUGAUAGCGGUCGGCAUUACUGGGAGGUGGUCAUAAGUGGAAGCACAUGGUAUGCCAUCGGCCUUGCUUACAAAUCGGCCCCAAAGCACGAGUGGAUCGGCAAGAACUCUGCUUCCUGGGCGCUGUGUCGCUGUCACAAUAACUGGGUGGUGAGACACAACAGCAAGGAAACCCCCAUCGAGCCAGCCCCCCAUCUCCGGCGCGUCGGCAUCCUGCUGGACUAUGAUAACGGUUCCAUCGCUUUCUACGAUGCUUUGAACUCCAUCCACCUCUACACCUUCGACAUCACAUUCUCGCAGCCUGUGUGCCCCACCUUCACGCUGUGGAACAAGUGUUUGACCAUUAUAACUGGCCUUCCGAUCCCAGACCAUCUGGACUGCACAGAGCAGCUGCCGUGAGCACUGGGCCAUGUGGAGCCGAUUUCUGGGGGAUUAAAAAGGGCCGUGGCCACCAUUUCAGGGACCGAGAAAGCAUAGGCUUCCAGAGUGUGAUUAAAUCUCGCCAAAAAGUGUCCAGAAAUCGGCUAGGAUAGGACUCAAAGUAGGCGAUUCUCCCCCUUUGCUGUCUUUUGUAUUAAGUACACGCUUUAAUAAUUUCUUCAAUUUUUUUUGUAUCUACAGGAAAAAUUAUAGAUUAUUUAUAAAAGAAACAUAACCAGAAUUCCAACUCUUAGAAAGUAUUUGGUUUUGCACAAUUAAGAGGCCCAGAAGCGUACGGGCUCUUCACAACAGCCUUCGUCUUGUCACGCUCUGUGGGCUGGAGGAAAAACUCUUGUAGUUUUGUGUGCUUAUCCACCUUCUCACAUCCUCACAUCUCACACCGAUCCCCUUGUAGGUCCUGUCGCCCUGACAGUGCAUAAUAGAAUAUGCAAGUAUCUUAAAAAUAAAACAUAGCUUUGAACCUAGUAGGGCAGUAAACGGGCUUUCUUACUGUGGUUUAUUUCGAGGUGUUUUCACUGUGAUGUCAAAAACUUACUGGCUCACCCGGAACGGAGAGCAAAAGAGAGAAUUGAAUGAAUUGACUCUGGAGCUUGGACUCCACCAUGGCCCAGUCUUUAAUCACCCUCCAAUGGCUGGUGGGUAAUGUUGGAAAGAAAGGUUGUGAAGCCUUUGGCCAUGUGUGACCUUACCUUUCCCAGGAUUCAGGAUUCUGGGAGAACAUUAAGAAUUGAGAUUGCAAUGGAGAAUAGUCUCUUUGAAUCCUACUGAUUUUUUAAAACGUCUGAGGCUGAUUUGUCUUUGAUCAGAAGUAGGGUUCGGUUUCAUGACAUAAGUCUAUUUCGUUCUUCCUUUUAGUAGUGUCUUUAGGCCUGUGACAUUGCUUUACUACAUUUAAUAGCUGUCCUAUCUCCCUCUCCCCCAAAUCAUUUUUCUUCGCUUGCUGGGGCUGAGGGAAUAAACACUUUCUGUUACAAAUGGCAGCACCACUCUGGAUUGACUUUGCUCUCCAGGACAUCAACACAUGGCCCUGACUGUCUCUACCACAUCCAAAUAUAACUCACCCGAAAAACACUUAAUAUUUAUGAGUUGGUAAUGACAAGGGACGUUGUGUAAAGUACUAUUUACUGGUACACGUGCCUCGAAAGUUAUAAAAGGACUUUUAUUAAACACAUCUUGAAAGAUGUAGAGGACCCUCUGUGUUCUAGUAUAGUUUACGAUAGAGUUGUGAAACAAAAAAACAAAACAAAACAAAAAAACAAAAAACAAAAAACACGCAAAAAAAAUCAAACUAUUGCUGCGCUGGAACCUGCUAAUAGAACCAGCUAAUAAGCUGUCAGGUGGGAUUCUGGGCAUGCUGAUCCGGUAAGAUGGAACGGUCCGUGAAGUAAGGCUUUCUUAAGCAGGCCUUGGACCCGGACCAGGAAUCUGGCAUUGGUUCUAUCUUGACGAAGGGCAUGAUACCUGUAAGUCUUUCAUUUGCUAAUGUAUUGAUCUGAACUACUGGGUUGGCCAUUUUGACUGAACAGACUGAUGAAUUUAAGCAUUGCUUCUUAGCAAUUUCGUUGUUAACCAAAUCAACCAAUUGCCUCCCUGAAAUCCGUCCACAGACCCACUGUUUUCAGCCUCACGUCAUGUGACUGCGAGCCCGGACCCCGUGGGCCACGUCAUGGGUGUUUCUGUCCCCUUCACUGGCAGACACUCUCCUUUUUCGUAACAGAUAGAGUUUAUAUAUUUACUAUAUUAUUUAUACCCAGAUGAAUAUUUUGAUAGCUACUUAGGACAAUUUCACAUCUAACAGAUGGACACCUCAAUGGAAAAAAAUUAAUCAUUCUCUGGAAACGAUGUUUUUGGGUUUUUUUUUACGACCUAAAACAAUGUGUAUUUGCCUUCCUGGACAAACUGAAAGGGUUGUAAUUUUGACAUACUGUUUUGGUAGCUGGAUAAUGGAUAUUUUAAUGCACUUUGUACACCAACAGGUUUUAAAUAAAAGGGUCUAAAACUCAGCAUUUACAAGGACGAUAUUUCCGUGAAUAUAAUGUUUUUCGACAUAAAGAAGUUACUACUCAAAUUUUCACCGCAAGCCAUUUAGUUUAUGUUUUGGCUAUUUUUAUAAGGACGAGAGGGAUUAUGUUAUAAUUUGGUUGUGGAAGUCUCACUCUUUGCUAACUUAAAAACCUUGUGGAUAGUAGCAGUUACUAUUUCCCUGUCGUCCUAUUUACAGGAAAAUAUGUAUAUGGUGAAAGGCCACAGUGUUUCCUUUCGUUGCUGUAAUGAUGUAGAAAAGAUUUCCAUGUGGAUUUUUUUUUUUGAGAGUCUAAAAAAAUAUAUGCUAUAAACAUUUGCUGCAGUACAAUUCUUUAAGUGGACUGGGGUCACCGUAUUUUGUUUUCGAGAUCCAUAAAUUAAUACAACCAAAUUGAUGCGGCGCUGACCAAGGCCGCCGGGUCUGACGUCGUGGGUGUGUGAACAGGUGCUGUCACCAUCUUGAAAUCCUUAAUAAUUUGUGAAUAAGGGGCCUGCAUUUGCAUUUUGCGCUGGGCCUCGAACGUUAUGUAGCCGGUCCUCAUAACGGAACUCAGGAACACGGUACCUCUCUUCCUGGUGGAUGCCAAUGAAGAAACCUGCGUCCGGUGUCAAACGUGGCUGGCCGUGUCAUUCAAGGAGGAAUCUAGACGGAUUAAGAGGAGAGCGGGCGUGGGUGGAGAUUUUCUUUCCAGCUUGAAAAAAACAAAAAAUGACUUCAAAAACUGACUGCAAAUAUUGACGAUGAUUUCAGCUGGAGAAGAGGGAACGGCCUGAUGACGAACGGGCGGUUCAUCACGGUACUGAGAUGUUGACCCUGAACUUGCCAAGGAACUGAACCGGCACCGUCCAGCGAGCGUGGGAUUCGGCUUCGGCUCCAGGCACGUAUGCGGUGCCUGAAGAGACACGCACGUACGCUCGCCUACGUGUGCUUUUGGUGUUGGGAAGUUGAUGAUCUGGUCUACCUGUGUGAAAUGUUAAGCAGGAAGCGGGAGGAUGUCUUUGAAAUAGUGCUUCUCAGCAAGGGGGCGAUUUGGCAAUGUCUGGAGUCAGUUUUGGCUACCCCAGCUUGGGAGAGGGCGCUGCUGGCAUCUGGUGGGUAGAGACCAGGGAUGUCGCUCGGCUUCCCACAGUGCACAGCGCAGCCCCCCACAGCCAAGAACGAUCCGGGCAAACCAUUCAAUGCCUGAUCUCUCGAAAAGAAAAGGGGACGCUUCACCGCGAAAGCUUCACUGCCGUGGCUCCUUCAGUUUAAACAACAUCUACGAAACCGUUAUGAAAAUCUGGAAUCUGGAAGGCGGUCUGGAUGCGAUCUGCUUAGCCCUCGGCCCGGACUGUUCUCUCCCUUGCUGUUGCUUUCUGGUUCAAAAUAAAAUCAUUUCUGUGGUUCCGAG